GUGCCAUUUCCUCCUCCUUCGCCGCGGCGGCGAUGUGACUCCCCUCUCCUGGCUCGGCCCGCCUCAGCUGCGCGGCGAACAUGGCGGAGCCUUCUGUUGAGUCAGCAAGUCCAGGAGGGUCUGCAACAUCAGAUGACCAUGAAUUUGACCCAACGGCUGACAUGCUGGUUCAUGAUUUUGAUGAUGAACGAACAUUAGAAGAAGAAGAAAUGAUGGAAGGUGAAACAAACUUCAGUUCUGAAAUAGAAGAUCUUACAAGGGAAGGUGAUAUGCCAAUUCAUGAGCUUCUUAGCCUUUAUGGCUAUGAUGGUACUGUACCACUACCAGAAGAGGAAGAAGAGGAGGAGGAGGAGGAGGAGGGUGAGGGUGAAGAAAAUGAUAACAACAGUGGGUGCAGUGGAGAAAAUAAAGAGGAGGCCAUAAAGGAUUCAUCAGGUCAGGAGGAUGAGACACAGUCCUCCAAUGAUGAUCCAGCACCAUCUGUUGUACAGGAGAUAAUUCGCCCACGGCGCUGUAAAUAUUUCGAUGCAAAUAGUGAAAUAGAAGAGGAAUCUGAAGAAGACGAAGAUUAUAUUCCUUCAGAAGACUGGAAAAAGGAAAUCAUGGUUGGCUCCAUGUUUCAAGCUGAAAUUCCAGUUGGUAUAUCUAAAUACAAAGAGAACGAGAAAGUGUAUGAAAAUGAUGACCAGUUGCUGUGGAAUCCAGAUUACCUGACUGAAAAUAAAGUGAUUGAAUUCCUUAAUGAAGCCUCCAAACGAACAGGAGAUGAGAGAGGAAUAGAUGCAAUUCCUGAAGGAUCACAUAUUAAAGACAACGAACAGGCUUUGUAUGAAUUGGUGAAGUGCAAUUUUGAUACAGAAGAGGCACUAAGAAGAUUAAGAUUUAAUGUAAAAGCAGCACGAGAGGAGCUAUCUGUCUGGACAGAAGAAGAAUGUAGAAAUUUUGAACAAGGGUUGAAGGCUUAUGGAAAAGAUUUUCAUUUGAUUCAAGCAAACAAGGUACGAACAAGAUCUGUUGGAGAAUGCGUGGCAUUUUAUUACAUGUGGAAAAAAUCAGAACGAUAUGACUUCUUUGCUCAGCAGACACGAUUUGGUAAAAAGAAGUACAAUCUGCAUCCCGGUGUAACGGAUUACAUGGAUCGUCUAUUAGAUGAAAGUGAAAGUGCUGCAUCCAGCCGUGCGCCCUCCCCUCCCCCCACAACGUCUAACAGCAGCACCAGCCAUUCAGAAAGAGAAGACGGCACGACCAGCAACAGCAAUCAAAAUGGUGUUUCCACUAAUGGGCCAGGUGAAUUAUCAAGUAAAGAAGAAGUAAAAAUUGAAGGGUUGCACCUAAAUGGACCAAAUGGCAAAAAAAUGCCUCUUGGGGAUUUUGACACAAAUGGAUAUGAAACUGAAAAUCUUUCCAAUCAUUCUAAAUCCACUCAUUCAAAUGCAAGGAGUGAAAAUUAUUUUGAAGAAAAAAAUGAAAGGCCUGUGAAGAGGAGGCGAAUCAACAGUAACGAAAAAGAGUGUCCAGGUUCUUCAGAGAUUUUCCAAGAAGCAGCAGCCCAGGGAAAGUUUGAAGAACAGGAGAGUGUGGAUGACUGAAUGUUUGGUUUCAUUCCUUCAAGUAAUUUUUGGGGUGUCUGAAAUUUUCAGGGUUGAUAGGUUUAUCUUUACAGAUUCAAAUCCCUUAAUAGAACUUACUGAGACUUUGGAAUACAUUUUGGUUGCUUCCUAAUUCUGACUGAAGCAAAUACAGUGGACGGGAAACAUUCAGUUGAACAGUGCUGCUUCCUGCUUAGCCUGUCAAGGAAAACAUCUGUUUUACAGGCAGUUCUCUGCAAAUUAUUCCAGAGCACUAAAACUACUGUGCAAAAUACACUUUGGAAAGUAGCCUGUUUCAAAUUCCUUAAGAUGAGAUAUUAAAAUGUAAAGCCGAAUUGAGAUCUUCAGUCCACAGGAAGCAAACUGUUGGACAGUUAAGGAAUGUCUGUAGAUCCUGAAAGUUGUAUGUGAGAGAAUAUUUUUAUAUAUAUUUACAAAUAUAUAUAUAUAUAGAAAUAUUUUAAAAUAAACCAAGUCAGGUUUGUAUAUGUAAAAUUGUUGACAUCAGUGAUGUCUUUCUAUAUUAUCUGGAUAUAAGAAAUACUUCCUGUAUUUUUCCAGAUUCUUUGUAGCCUUUGAAAGAUUUUUACUUAAGUCAUGAUUGAGCUGUCAUUUCUAAAAACAAGUGUGUAAUUUUCAUAACUUGUACAGUAUGGUAAACUUUUGAGAGAGUUGAUCUUCUAAGGAGUCUGUCAGCUUCAUUUAGUUUGCUAAAGCCUUUUUUAUUAAAAAAAGAAGAAGUCAUUAUUCAGAAAGCAGAACAAAUUUUACACAUUUAAAAUUCACACCCAAUUAUGAAUAUCAGAAUUUUAAAACUUCUAUCUUGGGACGAAUGGUGACUUAAAUUUUUGGAGUUUAGCAUGAUGCUAUGAUUGCACAACUGUUCUUGCUUUUAUUUUAUUUUCAGAAUUAUUUUUAUGAGACAACCUUAAAAUCAGCUAAAUGCUUUAAUGUUGCUAAAUAUUUUUAGCCAAGGCCAAGCAUUACAUUAUUCAUCAAUUUAUUUUUACAUUUCAAUGAGCAAAGUAGAAUUAGGAAAUGAGUCAAAUAAUUCUGGCUGCCUUGAUGAGAAACAAAUGCACAGCUCGCAUUUGGGGCCUGAUCUUGUAUCCAAGGAAUCUACUUAGAUUCAUGCUGCAGCUGCUUCUUAGGAAGCAGAAGAGUCUUUGUGAAUAGUUAUAACUUCAUAUAUAUGUUUGUGUCUAUGAAUAUGCACAUGUAUGAGGUACCAUAAGGCCUGGUAACUUUAAAAAAAGGAUUUGCUAGAAAUAAAUUCUUGACAAUGUGGUGGAAAUUAGCCCACUAGCCAUGAUUUGCAUCUAUGAAAGGAUUUGGAUUAUGGCCAUAAUGGAGGUUUAGCAUGUCAGUCCCUAGCUGCCAUGUAAAGUGACUCAUAAGAAGUAUCAUUUUGGAUCUUGCAUCAGGCUUGCUAUAUAGUAGUUUAAACAAUCUACCUGUCUCAAGGCUCACUUGACAAAUUACAACCAGUUCAAGUUGACCUGAUUACGGCUUAACUUGGCAAAAUGUCCAGUGUUUGGUCUUUAAUUAUGAAUCCCAUUAGCCUUUUGAGGGGCCCCAACACAAUUUCUUUGUAGACAUCAUUGAAGCGUUUUAAUUAUUAAUUUAGCCCACUGCUUUCUCCUGAAACGUCCUGGUGAAUUCUGUGUUUUAACACUAGAGGGCUAAUAUUUAUUGUCCACUGCUCAAUAGCAAUGUAUUUCGAUAGGCAUAAUCUGCAGAUCUAUAAAUGAAAUCCUUAAAUCUUGUGAAUUUUACUACUUUAGGAAGGUGCCAUGGCUGACAAAUUCCAGUUCUGUUAAUAUGGGAAUCCAAAGUUUUUAUAGCCUCAUAUCAAAGAUUGUCUUUAGAAAGUGUUUCAGAGCAAGGCAGUGCAAUGCUUUUAGAAAUUUUAUUGCAAUUUUGAAAAAUUAUUUUUCUGUUCCUUAUCUAUAUAUUUUGCAAGCUAGAUAUGCUUGCAAGAAACAGUUCAUAGGAAAGUUUAUAAGUAUAUUGUUCUCAGGCUUGUAAGUAAAAUAUAGCACUGUGUACAUUUUCAGACAUUUUACUUUUAUCUUUAAUCUUAUCUUUACUUUAAUGGUAUGCCUAAGAAAAGUCCUGACAUUCCGUAAUCAAUAUGUAAUGCUCAGCCAUUUUUAAGUAUUUAAUUGUUUUGUGCAUUUUGUUUAUGCAGGUGUUUAUACAAUAUUUUAUUCAUGUUCUUUAAAAUGCAGCCACUAUAACUUGAUAAGACAUUGCACUAGUAGUAAUAUUUAAAAUUCUAGUAAUAUAGUAACCUGUUCAAGAAACUUUCAAUGCAGUUUGGAAAAGAUGAAUUCUUUCUUCCAAAAUUGGAUUGAGAAGUCAGUGCAGCUUGUGUAUAGUAAUUGUAAUGUAUAUUUUUAAGCACUAUUGUGUCCUGAUCCAUGAAGUGCAUUGUGCGCAGUCUGAAUCAAACCUUCAAUUCAACAGGUCUGACUGUUGGCUUUAUAAAAGGGUUUAAAGUGAUAUUUUGAAAGAAAUCUAAAAAUUUGCAAAUUAGUUUUUAUAAAUUUUUCACAUAGUACUUUUGCACUGUUGGUAAUCCCUGUGUUCCUGCCCUAGCUCCCCUGUCUGCAAUUCUGAAAAAAGCUUAUUAAAGUAUUUUUUUAAACAUAUUGCUUACAUAAAUACAACUGUUGAGAA